ACCAGCCCAAGUCUCGUUCCGGAUCUUCUCUUAUUGCGUUGCCAGCUUUAGUGAGGUGGAAGAGUCUGUGUUCUACAGAGUAGAGAGCAUGAAGAAGUGGAAAUUGCCGCUGGUGGGGGUUCCGGUGGUCGUCCUUGUAGCAUUCUUAAUACUACCCGUUGAUUGUGAAUCAGACGGCGUCGGUGAAUGGCAGAUGCUCACCAAGCAAAACUUCUCUUCUCAGACCCGACUCCACCCGCAUAUCCUCCUCUUCGUUACUGUUCCCUGGUCCGGUGAGUUUCGAUCUCUGAUGAGAGAAGUAGCACAUCUGGUUUCUGAUAGACAAGAGGAGUUUAGUUCGUUAAAGUUGAUGUUUAUGUAUAGAAAUAUGGAGAAGAUGCUCGCAGAUGCUAUUGGUGCUACUGUGGAGGAAAUAACAAUUUUAUAUUACCACCAUUCUAUAUCUUACAAAUAUCGAGGCAAAUACCGGGCACAAAGUAUAUUAUCAUCAGUCUAUCCCUAUAUGUCCCUAUUGCCUGAAGAACUUCCACUCAAAACCCUGAAUAGUCCAGAGGACUUGAAGACGUUUCUUAGUUCAACUGACAAGGCUUUACUUCUUUUGGAAUUUUGUGGAUGGACCCCUAAAUUGCUUGCCAAUGAGAAGAAAAAUGGAACUGAAAAUGAUAUUGAUGCGCAAGGGCAUCUUCGAGGAAUGAACUUUAAUGGAGAGACAAAUAGAUCACCGACACUUAAAGGGAAGAAUAACCAGAAGGUGGCUGGGGCUGAAAACUGGAAGUGUGGCGUUGAAAAUGGGUUCAGCGGAGUUCCUUGGCUUGGGGAAUCUGGCUCAGUAAAUGAAAGUGCUACUUUCGAGGAGAUUGAGAAUGUGAGCUCUAAUGUCGUAUCAUCCUGUACCUUACAAGAAUUUCAGCAGUUUGAUUCUUUCUUCUCAAAGUUCAUGAUCGUUGCAAGAGAGUUCUUUCUGCCCCCUGAAAGGCAUAGAUUUGGUUUGGUCCUUGAAAGAUCAAUGCUUUCAUCUCUUGGUCUUGAAGAUUCUGGUUCAUGGUUGGCAAUGGCUUACAUUGCUGGAUGUCCUAGUUGUUCAAAGAUUAUUGAAAAGGAGGAUGACCUCAAGAAUGUUUUACAGAUGGAUAAUUCUGUUGUUAUGGAGCUGGACGGUGAUAAGCAUGAUAUUGGACCUGCUUUACCUGCAAAUAAGCCAUCUAUACUUCUAUUUGUGGAUAGAUCAUCUGAGUUAUCAGAAACUGGAGGAAAUGGUAAGGAAGCUCUUGAUGCUUUUAGAGAACUGGCAUUGCACUAUCAUGUGUCAAAUCAGAUAGGUGAGCAGAAGAGGAAAAAACCUGAGAAAUCCUCGGUCCAAGAUUAUCAAGCAUCGGAUAGUAAAUUUAAACAUCCUAGAUUGAAACUAUCUCCUACAGCUCGAAAGAUUAAAUUGAAGGAAAAGCUGUCUACUAUCAUGAUUAUAAAUGAUGAUAAACAUGUUACUUUGGAUAAAAUAGCUUCAAAUCUAGAAGGCAGUUCCUUGCAGAAGAUCUUGGCACACCUUUUUCGGCAAAAUGAAGAAGGUACAUUACGCUCCCUUGCAAAGGAGUUAGGUUUCCAACUUCUAUCUGAUGACAUUGAUAUCAAGUCGGCGAAUACUUUGACAUCGCAGAUAGUUCAGUCUAGUCAGGUUUCACCAGCAGUGCUUAAGGAAGGCCUUGUCUCAAAUAUUGUUGCUCUGGACAGAGACCAGUUACCACAAAGCGAAAGUUUAUCUGCUCAUAUGCAGGAGGAAAAUUCUAUAAUGACUAAUGGUGAGCCCCCUUCUCAAUAUAAUGAAGAGAAGACAGCUUAUAUUGAUAAAAGUAGGCAGUUAAUAUCAGUAGAAGCCCACAAAUCUGUUACAGCUCUUGAAGAAGUUGCUACUGCUGAAGAUUUGGUGGUGGAAGAAAAAAGCUCUGAAGAUGUAGUGGUUGGAGAGAUAAGAUCUGAAGAUGUGGUGGCUCCACAAAAGAUUUCUUCACAGGUGGACGACUUGGUGGAGCAACAACUUGACUUUCAAGGUUUUGAGGGUUCUUUCUUCUUUUCUGAUGGCAACUACCGGUUACUUAGAGCUAUGACCGGUGGAUCAAAGAUUCCAUCCUUGGUAAUAAUUGACCCCCUUUUGCAGCAACAUUAUGUAUUACCCCAGGAGUCAAAUUUCAGCUACUCCUCACUUACUGAUUUUCUCAAUGGGUUUCUUAAUGGAAGUCUUCUUCCAUAUCAACAGUCAGAACCUGUUCUUCAAAGCCCUAGGGAGGCCACUCACCCUCCAUUUGUUAAUGUGGAUUUUCAUGAGGUGGAUUCGAUUCCUCGAGUUACAACUCAUACAUUCUCUGAGCUGGUUCUUGGUUUUAAUCAAUCUGACACCAAAAAUGUAGUCCAUACAUGGAAUAAGGAUGUGUUGGUCCUCUUUAGCAAUAAUUGGUGCGGAUUUUGCCAGAGAAUGGAACUGGUUGUUCGUGAAGUAUACCGGGCUGUGAAGGGCAACAUGAUCGCUUUAAGGGGUGGAUCAAGGAAUGGGGAAAAAGUGUUUAGUGGUGCAGACAACUCGAAGGAUGCUUUGGCGAAGCUUCCGCUGAUCUAUUUGAUGGAUUGCACAUUGAAUGAUUGCAGUUUGAUAUUAAAAUCUAUGGAUCAGAGAGAAGUUUAUCCUGCUCUGAUGUUAUUUCCAGCAGACAAGAAGAAUGUUGUCCCCUAUGAUGGAGAUAUGGCAGUUGCUGAUAUUUUCAAGUUCAUAUCUGAUCAUGGAAGCAAUUCUCAUCAUCUUAUCAGUGAUACGGGAAUUCUUUGGAGUGUUGCUGAAAAAGGAGGCAGGAGUCAGAAUCUAUUUAAGGACGCAUCACCAACUGAAAUUCAUGAUGAAAUUCCAGAUGCUGAGGACAAAUUCCAUGAAGUCCUAUUAAAAGACAGGACACCAAAAGGAGUAUUCAAAUACAGUCAAAUCAAAUCUGACACAUCAAAAGAGUUGCAUGAAACGGCUCCUCAUGUGGUGGCUGGUUCUGUUCUAAUUGCUACUGAAAAACUUCUCAGCAUACAACCAUUUGAUAAGUCAGUAAUUCUCAUUGUGAAGGCCGAUCAAAUUACCGGAUUUCAAGGUCUAAUUAUCAACAAGCAUAUCAGAUGGGACUCUCUGCAUGAACUGGAAGAAGGGUUAGAAAUGCUAAAAGAGGCACCUCUGUCCUUUGGGGGGCCAAUUGUAGAACAUGGAAUGCCUCUUGUCGCCUUAACUCAAAAAGCAACUAAACAUCAGUAUCCUGAAGUCCUACCAGGUGUUUACUUUGUUGAUCAAGCAGCCACAAUUCGCAAAAUUGAAGAGUUCAAGUCAGACAAUCGAUCCAUUGCUGACUACUGGUUUUUCUUGGGCUACUCCAGUUGGGGUUGGGAGCAGCUAUUUGAUGAGAUUGCUGAGGGAGCUUGGGAUGUAAGCGAUGAUGCUAUGGGGAAAUUUAGAUUGGCCAUGAAGUUGACUGUUUAGCAGCUGGAUUAUCAUUUCAAAUAUAGAGCUUUCGGGUAACUCAAACAGGAACUUUAAAGCAGCAGACAACCACUGAGGUAUGAUAGUGAGAAGAGCUUAGCAUACCAUUUGAUAUGUUAAAUAUCAUGUUCCAUUGAAUCGUUUUUUGUGCACGAUAAUUGUAAAUACAUUGUUGCUACUAAAAGAAAGUCUGAGUUUUGCUUUAA